AUGACCUGGACCUGCGUCUCUCACUCGUCUACUACCGGCAACGUCUACUCGCGCCCCCUCGGCCUCAACGAGACCCACUUUCACUAUGACCGCAUCUUCAAUGGCACCGCGGACAUCAUAUGGCGCUAUGUCGUUCAAGAAACCGACCAGGUCAAGGGAGCCACGCUCUUCAGCAGGGAGAACCUCGAGAGAACAUGGGUCACCUUGAAACAUUGGUACCCACUUCGUACUGCGCGGAUUGACGAUUCCCAAGGCGUCGACGCCCUCAAGUUUGUCCUUUCGGAACACGAAGUCUCCCACUGCCAGUCUGGUGAAGUCGUCCUCUGUCCUCUGUCCUCGAGUGCAGACGUGGAGUCAACCAUCCUACAUCUUAUGGACAAAGCCCCCAUGGAGGACCACCAUCUCACCACUCGCGUGCUCGUCUUCCCUCAAAAGGACAGCCCGGGAAACUACGAUAUCCUCUUCAAAGCUGCACAUUCCAUUGCUGAUGGCAUCUCGGGCGUAACGUUUGGGCGUACAUUCUUCGACGUUCUUGCAUCUCCUGCUGUACCACCUCCCGCUCUGGAAGAAAGGCUAGCGAUGAGCCUGUCAUACCUUGACCUCAACCCCACCAAACAACUUCCCCCUGCACAUCAGCGAUGGCGUCGCGCUACAGCACGCAUUAUCUUCCUCAAUAGGCGGCGACAGCUUACAGGUGGUCAUGCCAUUCCUAACAUGGCCACCAAGACGUCGUACCGCACGCCGGCCAAAACCGCGCGCGCCGCAGCUGGCUUCUCCCGUGCGGAGAGCGACGCAGUCAUUGCAAACUGUCGCGCACACAAAGUCACCUUCGGUACCGCGAUCGUCGUCAUCUCUCAGUUAGCCAUCACGCGCAUGCUACAUCGCCGUUAUCUUCGGGGCGACAUCUCCGAGGAGGAAUGGGAAUUCAGAAGGCGUCAACCCAUGCACUUCGGCGGCCCGUUAAAUCUCCGACCUUACAUGGAGCCCCACUGGCUUUCCAACGGGGGCGCCACAGAGCCAGGACUGCAUAUCGACUUCUACGAAGCCUCGCUGCCGUUCAUGCCCACUCCCUUUGGCACAAGAAGAGACGAAGGCGUGCCGCGUGUAGAUGGUGCUCCCCCAUACUCUGCGCUCCUCUCCCGGGAACGAUUCUGCUACCGUUCGAGGAUGUUCCGGCAACAGCUCCAACGUCUCGUCCGCAACCCCCUUGUCAUCGACAUCGCAGAAGUCCGCACCCCACUGUACGUAUUGAGGAAAAAGCGAAUGGCAUUUGGUUGGCUCGCAGAGCAACAAGGACAGCCGAUCCCCGAGUUCCCUUUGGCACCGCACAUCGACGCCGUCCCUUCAGACAGUGUGAUGACCAUGGGCCACUCGAGCGUCGGACAGAUGUCUCUCAUCCUCCCCACCAACUACCCACUUCCUUCCGGUCACCCCCUAUCGACACACACGUCACGCCCCGCUACCUCGAGCUAUGCCGCCCCCGCCGACUCUGAGGCCUAUGUUCCGAGACCCAAGGCACCCAUGGCUGCUCUUCCCGCGACGAGCGACUUGUUACGCAUCCUCGACAUGGCCACGUACCUCCACGCCCGUCCGAUGGAGUUUUUCCUUGGGAACAUGACAGAACGCCACCAGAUUGGGCUCGGGCUUACGUACGACGCGAAUGUGUACCAGUUGGCGGAUGUUGAGGAGUUCAUGGAGGAAUGCCGCCAAGCGACGCUCUACUACCUGGGACGGAACGAUGCGAUAAAAGAGAAGUUGUAG